AUGGAGCGGUUAUCUCAGGUCAUUCAAGUGAAAUUUGUCAUAUGGAGAAACCCAUGGGAGAUGUGGGAUGAAGGUGAUAUUGGGAGUGAAAUUGAAGGAAAAAAUGUAAUAGAAGUGUCAAAUAAUCUACUCAACCACUACACCUCCAUAGAGCAAAACGCUCAAGUCGGUGCUCAAGAGAACAAUCAACUCAACUUCAUGCCUCCAGCUCAACCUUUAGGACUACUUGAACACCUACUGAUACCUGGGCCCUUGGUCGUCAGCAACUCAGCUAUUAAUUAUGGUGAAAUGUGGGGUGUAACUGGACUGCAUGAUGUGGAGUUUAUGAUUGAAAUUGCCUGCUGA